UGUGUGUGGUGAACCGGGACACCAGUUAUGUUGGAGGCACUGGAUCUUCCUACUCUUGUAGUGUUUAUUCUGGCAUUUGUCAUAAUAUACAAUGUGAUGACUCGUCGUAAGAAUCAGCCCCCUUCACCUCGCGGGCUGCCCUUUGUGGGCGACAUCCUCCUGCUGAAAGCAAACCGAGGCAAGCUACCCGAGGUGUUCAUGCAGCAGGCUCAACAGCUGGGCGACAUCUUCACCCUGACGUUCGGCAAGCUGCACAUCGUGGUCGUCAAUGGAUACACUAGGAUUCACGAGGUGCUCAUGAAGCGAGCAGAUGUCUUCAGCGACAGACCAAGCUUCCUGCUUAUCUCCAAGAAAAUAGGAACGGGUGUCAUCUUAAGCAGUGGGCAACAGUGGAAAGCUCUACGGCGGAUGAGCCUCCAUGCAAUGAGAGACUUCGGUAUGGGGAAGAUAUCAAUGGAAGACAAAAUGCAAGACGAAGUAAAAGUUAUUAUUGGAGUUAUGUCUGAAAAUGAGAAGAAACCAAUAGCACUCCACAAAUACCUCGCCAUGGCAACUUCUAACAUCAUCUGCAAUAUCAUCUUUGGUUCAAGGUUUGAGUAUGAGGACGAGCAGUUCCAGAAUAUGUUGCAGCUGUUGAACGAUGUCUUCCGGCGGCCAGGAAUGUUCCAAAUCUGCAAUGCGUUCCCCGUAUUAAGAUUUGUUCCCCCUUUCAAUAAGGACCUUCAGGAUAACAUUGAAGCGUUCGACCGUCUGGCCCAAUUUGUCAGCGACAUCGUUUCGGAUCAUGAAUCGACAUACGACCGCAACAACAUUCGAGACUUCAUCGACAUGUUCAUCAAGUUCCGUGAUGAAGACACUGACGCAUCAUACACACUAAGAAAUUUCCUCCGGGUGAUUGUGGACCUAUUCAUGGCCGGCACGGAGACGUCCUCUACGACGUUGAACUGGGCCAUCCUAUACAUGGUGGCCUACCCUGACAUCCAGGACCGUUGUCAACGCGAACUUGAGGAGGUCAUUGGUCCUGGCAGAACGGUGCAGUUCCAAGACAGAUUCAAGUUGCCAUAUGUAAGAGAGACCUUUGUUAAAGCUACACUGUGUGAGAUACAGAGAAUAUCCACCAUAGCUCCCCUGUCCGUUCCUCACGCCACACUACAAGACACCACCCUCGGGGGAUUCAACAUCCCCCGGGAAUCCAUCGUCCUCGUCAACCUGCUGUCUGUUCACCAAGACCCCACUCUCUGGCCGGACCCCGGGACGUUCAACCCAUGUCGAUUCCUGGAAGACGGGAAGGUCCGCAGAGGAGAAUAUUUCAUGCCCUUUUCUGCAGGGCCGCGUGUGUGUGCCGGUGAGACUCUCGCCAAGAUGGAACUGUUUCUCUACUUUGCAAAUCUUCUACAAUGGUUCACAUUUAGGAAAGUAGAAGGGGCCACGUUGAACCUGGAAGGGGUGACUGGAUUAACGCGAUCUCCGAGGCCUUUCGAAGUAGUGGUUACCAAACGCUAGUUCAGAGAAUGUCAGAAACUUACCGUUACUGUUAACAUAAAUAUUCAGUUUGUAAUGAUGCACGAUGUCUGUGAGGUAUUGUAUAGAGAAUAUCUAGUGUUGUCAACUUGACUUCAUUGUUAACAUAAUAUAUUCAGUUUGUAAUGAUGCACGAUCUCUGUGAGGUGUUGUAUAGAGAAUAUCUAGUGUUGUCAACUUGACUUCAUUGUUAACAUAAUAUAUUCAGUUUGUAAUGAUGCACGAUGUCUGUGAGGUAUUGUAUAGAGAAUAUCUAGUGUUGUCAACUUGACUUCAUUGUUAACAUAAUAUAUUCAGUUUGUAAUGAUGCACGAUGUCUGUGAGGUGUUGUAUAGAGAAUAUCUAGUGUUGUCAACUUGACUUGAUUGUUAACAUAAUAUAUUCAGUUUGUAAUGAUGCACGAUGUCUGUGAGGUAUUGUAUAGAGAAUAUCUAGUGUUGUCAACUUGACUUCAUUGUUAACAUAAUAUAUUCAGUUUGUAAUGAUGCAUGAUGUCUGUGAGGUAUUGUAUAGAGAAUAUCUAGUGUUGUCAACUUGACUUGAUUGUUAACAUAAUAUAUUCAGUUUGUAAUGAUGCACGAUGUCUGUGAGGUGUUGUAUAGAGAAUAUCUAGUGUUGUCAACUUGACUUGAUUGUUAACAUAAUAUAUUCAGUUUGUAAUGAUGCACGAUCUCUGUGAGGUGUUGUAUAGAGAAUAUCUAGUGUUGUCAACUUGACUUCAUUGUUAACAUAAUAUAUUCAGUUUGUAAUGAUGCACGAUGUCUGUGAGGUAUUGUAUAGAGAAUAUCUAGUGUUGUCAACUUGACUUCAUUGUUAACAUAAUAUAUUCAGUUUGUAAUGAUGCACGAUGUCUGUGAGGUGUUGUAUAGAGAAUAUCUAGUGUUGUCAACUUGACUUCAUUGUUAACAUAAUAUAUUCAGUUUGUAAUGAUGCACGAUGUCUGUGAGGUAUAGUAUAGAGAAUAUCUAGUGUUGUCAACUUGACUUCAUUGUUAACAUAAUAUAUUCAGUUUGUAAUGAUGCAUGAUGUCUGUGAGGUAUUGUAUAGAGAAUAUCUAGUGUUGUCAACUUGACUUGAUUGUUAACAUAAUAUAUUCAGUUUGUAAUGAUGCACGAUGUCUGUGAGGUGUUGUAUAGAGAAUAUCUAGUGUUGUCAACUUGACUUGAUUGUUAACAUAAUAUAUUCAGUUUGUAAUGAUGCACGAUGUCUGUGAGGUAUUGUAUAGAGAAUAUGUAGUGUUGUCAACUUGACUUCAUUGUUAACAUAAUUUAUUCAGUUUGUAAUGAUGCACGAUGUCUGUGAGGUAUUGAAUAGACAAUAUAUAGUGUUGUCAAUUUGACUUGAUUGUUAACAUAAUAUAUUCAGUUUGUAAUGAUGCACGAUCUCUGUGAGGUAUUGUAUAGAGAAUAUCUAGUGUUGUCAACUUGACUUCAUUGUUAACAUAAUAUAUUCAGUUUGUAAUGAUGCACGAUGUCUGUGAGGUAUUGUAUAGAGAAUGUCUAGUGUUGUCAACUUGACUUCAUUGUUAACAUAAUAUAUUCAGUUUGUAAUGAUGCACGAUCUCUGUGAGGUAUUGUAUAGAGAAUAUCUAGUGUUGUCAACUUGACUUCAUUGUUAACAUAAUAUAUUCAGUUUGUAAUGAUGCACGAUAUCUGUGAGGUAUUGUAUAGAGAAUAUCUAGUGUUGUCAACUUGACUUCAUUGUUAACAUAAUAUAUUCAGUUUGUAAUGAUGCACGAUGUCUGUGAGGUAUUGUAUAGAGAAUAUCUAGUGUUGUCAACUUGACUUCAUUGUUAACAUAAUAUAUUCAGUUUGUAAUGAUGCACGAUGUCUGUGAGGUAUUGUAUAGAGAAUAUCUAGUGUUGUCAACUUGACUUCAUUGUUAACAUAAUAUAUUCAGUUUGUAAUGAUGCACGAUGUCUGUGAGGUAUUGUAUAGAGAAUAUCUAGUGUUGUCAACUUGACUUGAUUGUUAAUAUAAUAUAUUCAGUUUGUAAUGAUGCACGAUGUCUGUGAGGUAUUGUAUAGAGAAUAUCUAGUGUUGUCAACUUGACUUGAUUGUUAACAUAAUAUAUUCAGUUUGUAAUGA